CAGUUUUUGGACCAAAUCAGCUGAUUUCUGCAGGUUUUCCGUCCCGAUAGUUUCCGGUCUCUUUUCGGUUUCUGCUUCCGGUCUCUGUUGCUUUGUUCAGAGAGGAAAUUCGAUCAGAAAACUGUGAUUGAUCAGCGGAAAACAAACAGUUAAUAAAAAGCCCGAGUCUGUAAUUUGACCAAUCACAGAGAGGCACUCCCUCUGACGUCACCGCCUCUUCCGCCACUCAGAGUAAAAACAGCGAGAAGAAGUUCGGAGUCAAAGACCGUCAGAGCUGCGACAGACAGACGAUGUUGUGUGUCGUGGUGUGUGUGCUGAUGCUCUCUGGUCUCGUCCACACCGGACCGACUGACAGCAGGUCGUCUGUUCUGCGAUGCUCCAAUAAACAGCUGAAGAAGCUGGACCCUGAAGUGAACAUGAACAUCACGGAGAUCAUCAGGCGGUGGGGGUACCCUGCGGAGGAACAUGAGGUGGUGACGGAGGACGGAUACAUCCUGUCUGUCAACAGGAUCCCACAGGGACUCAAACACACUCCAGGUCCGAGGCCCGCGGUGCUCCUCCAACAUGGCCUCCUGGCUGCCGGCAGCAACUGGAUCACCAACCCGCCGAACUCCAGUCUGGGAUACGUGCUGGCCGACGCCGGGUACGACGUGUGGAUGGGAAACAGCCGAGGGAACACCUGGUCCAGGAAACACCUAAGACUCCGACCAGACCAGGAAGACUUCUGGAGGUUCAGUUAUGAUGAGUUGGCUCUGAAGGAUCUUCCAGCUGUUGUAAACCACAUCCUGAAGGUGACGGGUCAGAAACAGAUCUACUACAUCGGACACUCACAGGGAACCACUAUAGCAUUCAUAGCGUUCUCCACGCUGCCAGAACUGGCCAGUAAGAUCAAGUUGUUCUUUGGUUUGGCUCCCGUAGCGACCGUAGCGUUCACCUCCAGUCCCAUGACCAAACUGUCCAUCCUGCCCGAGUUCCUUAUCUGGAACCUGUUUGGUAGGCGGGACUUCCUGCCUCAGAGUGACAUGAUCAAGUGGUUUGCAGAGCACGUGUGUGGGAAGCACGUGCUCAGUGAGUUGUGUGGAAACAUCUUCUUCAUCCUCUGUGGCUUCAACAAGAAAAACCUCAACAUGACUCGGACUCCGGUCUACACCACACACUGUCCUGCUGGGACCUCAGUCCAGAACAUGAUCCACUGGGCUCAGGCGGUUCACAGAGGGAAGCUGAUGGCCUUUGACUUUGGAGCUGCAGGAAACAUGAAACACUACAACCAGUCCACUCCCCCUCAGUACAGCGUCCACAACAUGAAGGUUCCCACCGCUCUGUUCUCAGGGGGACGUGAUACGCUGGCGGACCCCAAAGACGUGGCUGUCCUCCUCACUCAGGUGUCUAACCUCGUCUACCAUCAGCACAUUGAACACUGGGAACAUCUGGAUUUUAUUUGGGGUCUGGAUGCUCCUGAGCAGAUGUUUCCCUCCAUCCUGAAGCUGCUGCAGGAUCACCAGUAGAGGGCGCCACAGAGUGCGUGCGUGUGAUGACGUACACACCUGUACUACAGUACUGUGUUUAUGACAGGUGGACCAGCAGCACGUGCUCUGUAGGGUUAAACUGCUGCACAAACCUGGAAACGUCCUGAAAUCUGAAGCUGUUUUUUGACUUCAUACCUGUUUAAACAACUCUGAUGAACUGCUUUCUGUUUAUCUUUCACUAACCACCAUGUGACCAACUGGAACAGUGUCACAUGCUUUUAUUUCAGUAUUAUAAAAACUUGCGCGGCCUCACAUUUGUUUUCACAGCUCCCCUCCAUGUUUUUCUUUUCCUCGUGCUUAACUCUUACUGUGAAAAUCCUCCCUCAGAUUGACAUGUGAAGAAGCUCAGUGAAUCUGCUGAGAGCUGAACUUGUGUAAAAACUGUAGAUGUGACUAAAAAACACAAGACUCCUGAGAUGGCUCACGCUAACGUUAGCAUCCUAACACAGCUCAUGUUAACAUUAGCAUCACAAAACAUUGAUAACAUUUAAUGUCUUUUAGUAUUAGUCCUCGAUUAAAAAAACAUGUCAAUCAUUUCAGGAGGGGCAGCAGCAUCCAAUCAUGUGGCCUGAAUCAUGGUGGGCGGGGCCAAACUUUUAUUUACGUUUUAAAAUAAUCUCUAACACAUUUUAAUCUGCGUAUUAUUUGUUGUAUUUCUGCUAAAUAUGAACCCGUUUUUAAACUGUCCAAUAAAAAAAUCCAUAAAUCAAA